AUGGCUGACGCCACUGAAUCGAAAGCGACAUUUAAGAAAAUAGUUGGGACACUUGAACAUCUGCAGAUAAUCUCGUACAUCGAUGUCCUCAACAGUACCCUUCUCAUCUACGACGUGAUUAUCAACCUCCCCGCCGAGAUUGAAUACAUUUGGAUGAGGGAGUGGUCAAUCGUCACCGGAUUAUACAUCCUCCAGCGCUACCUACCUCUUUUCGACGCCGUGGUGUUGACCCUUCACCACAACUUUGGAGAAAAUCUGAGCACUCACUAUUGUACCUUGAACUACAGUAUCGACGCAUGGUCUUUCUUUAUUGGUGUCAUGCUGUCUGAAACCAUUCUAACAAUUCGAGUCUGGGCAGUUUGGGGGAGGAGCGCCCCGGUGGCCCUGGGGCUCAUUGUAUUCUUCCUCGCCUGCUGGGUACCUUGCUCUGUUCUGCUGGAGAAGUUCUUGAGCGCCAUCGAGUUUGCACCCCUCCCGUUCCCUAAUUUCCGUGGAUGCUUCAUUUCUGGCGGAAAUCAUAUUCUUUGGGUCUGUUGGGUUUUGUGGAUGGUUUAUGACACUGGUACCUUAGUGAUGAUUCUCGUUCCUGGAAUUGAAGCAUAUCGGAAGGGAGGAAGAUCUGAGCUCGUCAAAACUAUAUACCAAGACGGGGUUAUGUACUACGCGUUCAUAUUCUUAUGCUCGAUGAUCAACGUGAUUGUCAUCCUCAGGCUUCCGGACGACAUGGUCGUUCUUUUAUCCUCGUUCGAGCGCGUCUUACAUUCCCUUCUCACGAGUCGUGCUCUCCUUCACAUUCGUCAAAUUGACUCGCAAAGUUCUGCUAUUCAGUCGAUAUCGCAGCUUCAGUUCGCGCAAGGUGAACAUGAGGAGCUGUCGUCUUUCUCUGCCGGACAACAGUGGUCAAAUACUACAGAUUAA